UUUAAAACAAAGCUUAAACCAAAUUACAUGAACUUUGUUAAACGUUGAUCAAAGCUUUACUUUAUCGCAUAACGUACAAGCUACAAGGUGUGCGAUAAAAACCUCAAUCAAAUGGCUAAGAGCAGACAGUGUGGUGCGUGUUUUCUGAAUAAAGUAGCUUCUCAUCGCCGUAUUUUACAUUUUUUAAUUUGAAUCCGAAUACAAAUGUAGGGAGAGUUAUAUUUUGAUCCUUAUAAAUUUUUUGCGUUUCUUAGUUAUACUCUUAUUAAGCUAAAAAACUUGAAUACUUAGAGAACAGAAAAGAUAAAAUGAUAAUUAAAAAUGUGUUCAGUGUCACAGUAAUAGUUACUGUUAUUUCUAUUCAAGCCAUUGGUGUUAAUGGAAAGUUGCCCUCAACUUUGAAGAAAUGUUCCCGAAAUGAUCCCGAUAUAAAUGGGUGCAUUAUAAAGGCCGUUAAUAUAGUGCGUCCCUUAUUGGCAACUGGUGAUCUUGGCGAUGGAUAUCAUACACCACCCUUGGAGCCUCUUCUUUUAGACAAUAUUGAAAUGGGUAGAGGUAGACAAUUCAGAGCAACAUUUAGCGAUAUCCAAGCCAGAGGUGGAAGUGAUUUUAUUAUAGAUAAAUUGAGCGCUAACACAUCUACUAUAGCUUUUGAUGUUGCUAUAACCUUGCCGAAGAUUUCAUUUAUUGGAAAAUACUCGCUUCGUAUAAAACUUCUGCUAUUAAAUAUUCAAGGUGCCGGAGACAUGAAAGGAUAUUUCGAAAACGCAAAAGCUGACGUUCAAAUGCGAGGAUCGAAAUACUUCAAGAAUGGCAUUGAAUAUGUGAGAUUCACUAAGAUGCCUAUUAGAAUUAAAGUGAGCAAUAUGAAGUUACAAUUGGACAAUUUGUUCAAUGGUGAUAAAAUUUUAGGAGAAGUAGGUAACUCCAUAAUAAAUGACAACCAGGAUCUAUAUUUGAAUGAAAUAAUACCUGGUCUUGAAAAGGGUCUGUCUCAAAAAUUUCUCCUCAUUGCAAAUGAAAUUCUUGAGACAGCAACUUAUGAUGAAAUGUUUCCACCAAAUUAAGUCGUAAUUAAUUUGAAAAUAUCAUUAAAAUACUGUUCAUAGAAUUUAAACUUUGAAUCAAAACGACAAAAUACACCUUUUGAAAAGGAUUUAA